CCCUCCGUUUGCUACAUCUGGCAAGAGACACACGCACGUCUCGUGUCUCUCAUAUCUCACACCAAACUCUCUACCCUCUACCUGGACGGUUUCACAGUAGAGGCGAGUAGCUAUCUCCGGCGCACGCAUUCCGGCGGAACUGAUGGUGAACACCAACAAGCUGAUCGUCGAGGAUUCUUAAAGGAGAUAGAGAUAGAUAUAGAUAUUGAGUCUGAGAAGAAGUAGAACAAUAGAGGAAGACACCUCUUUAACGGUUUGAAUCCACGAUCUCAAGACAAACUGUCCCACUACUAAAAUGAGUCAAUUGUAAGGCUUAGUUGUUGCUUCAAUUCUUCAAGUUUUACUAUCUUCCAACUUUGGAAAUGAUGAACAACCACAACAAUCAUAUCAUGUGCAAUAUUCAUAUCAAUUUCUCCUCAAUCAAUUCCAGAUGUGCAAUUCUCAUCACUUUCCUUUCCAUGGUGUCUUUGCUCAUCAAUUUCAACAUGGCCACUACUGACAAUGUGACCAGUAUGAUCAAAUGCAUAGAGACAGAGAGGGAAGCACUUUUUGCCUUCAAACAAGGCCUCAAAGAUCCUUCAAAUAGGCUUUCUUCUUGGACAGGCACUGGUUGCUGCCAAUGGAGUGGUGUUCAAUGCAAUGAGGCAUCUGGACAUGUCAUCGGGCUUUAUUUGAGAAACCCAUUUCCAUCCAGCAAUUCUGCGAUUGCUGCGAGGAAUCAAGGUAACUACGACACAGCAUAUGCAAGGUCAUGUUUGGGCGGUGAUAUAAACUCUUCUUUGCUUGACUUGAAAUAUUUGAACUCCUUGGAUCUAAGCUUAAAUAACUUUACGGGAUUUCGAAGAUUUGAAGAAUGGCUUUCCAAGAUUUCUGCUCAGCUCACCAAUUUGGAUCUGUAUAACAACCAAAUCAAAGGGAAGCUUCCAAAGAAGUUAGAAUCUCCAAUAUUAGAUUUUAUUGACUUGAGCUAUAAUCGCUUUGAGGGUCCAUUGCCGCUUUGGUCAACCAAUGCGACCUACUUUUUUCUGCAGAGCAACAAUUUUUCAGGAUCUAUACCAUCAAAUAUUGGCGAACUAAUGCCGCAAAUGCAAUAUUUGUUUCUCUCAGAGAACCUUCUGAAUGGAACAAUCCCCUCAUCCAUCUGUACCAUGAAUAGCUUGAGACAACUUUCCCUUAGGACAAACCAAUUAUCCGGGGAGCUCCCACAGUGUUGGAAUGUGUCACAAUACUUGGCGGUUGUCGACGUGGCAAACAAUAAUCUCUCCGGUAGUAUUCCAAGUUCAAUGGGGGUCCUCAGUUCUCUCAGUAUGUUGAUUUUGAGCAAUAACAACCUAGAGGGUGAAAUUCCUUCUUCUUUGCAGAAUUGUUCACUUGAAAGUCUUGAUCUCGGAGAAAAUAGACUAUUUGGAAAGUUACCCUCAUUUAUAGGGGAGACUAUAACUUUUCUUUGGAUGCUACGGUUACGAUCAAACUCUUUUAGUGGAUUCAUCCCACAACAAUGGUGCAAUCUUCCAUAUCUUCACAUCUUAGAUCUUGGAAACAACAACAUUUCAGGGGUUAUUCCCAAUUGUUUACACAAUUUAACUUCAUUGGUUUAUGAUGAAAGUAGUAUGGCAGCCACAUUGUUCGGUGAAAAGCGUUAUGAGGAGCAAACAACUCUGAUGGACAAAGGUGGAGAAUGUGAAUAUGGCAAUAAUCUUAUAUAUAUCAAUAUCAUUGAUCUUUCUCGAAACAAUCUAAUUGGUGAAAUCCCUGAAGUCAUCACAAGCCUCAUUCAAUUAGUAACCUUAAAUUUUUCAUGGAAUCAGUUAACAGGCAGCAUCCCAAAGAAGAUUGGAAACCUUACAAGAUUAGAAACACUAGAUCUUUCAAACAAUAAUCUUUCGGGACCCAUUCCAAAAAGCAUAUCAUCUUUGAAAUCUUUGAGUCACUUGAAUCUAUCUCACAAUAACUUGUCAGGAAGAAUCCCAUCAGGAAGCCAACUCCAAACACUCGAUGAUUCAUCUAUUUAUGCAGACAACCCUUUAUUGUGUGGGUUUUUUCUUCCUACCAACGGGCUUCUUCUUCCCACCAAGUGCCCAGGCGAUGAAGAUCAUACAUCUAAUCCAUCUACUUCUGGUGGAGGAGGCUCAGAAGACAAUGGUGCUAAAAAUGAUAAUGAAAUGCUCUGGUUCUAUGUUAGCAUGGGCUCUGGAUUCCUUGUGGGACUUUGUGGUGUUUGCUUCACUUUAUGGAUCAAAGAGUCAUGGAGAAAAGUUUAUUUUCGGUUUGUAGGGAUAGCAUAGCUAUUGUUUAUUUUCCUAUGUUGGCUAUUGUGAUAAGGAUUGUAAGCUACAUAUGCUUGCUAUAUUUAUUAAUAAACUUGUUUAUGUUGUCACUUA